AUGGCAAAUAGGUAUUGCUUUGAAGCACUUGACAAAUCUUUGAGGAACAUUUUGUCUGAUAAAGAUCCAUCAAAUGCUAAUAGAGUAUUUGGAGGCAUAACUGUUGCACUAGGUGGAGACUUCAGACAGAUUUUACCAGUUACACCAAAGGGGAAAAAAUAUGAUGUGAUGCAAGCAUGUUUAUCUUCAUCUCCCCAUUGGGAACAUGUCAUGGUGUUGAAGUUAAUAGAAAAUAUGAGAUUGAAAAAGAAUUUCCCAAGCGAUGUACAAUUGGAUGAGUUAACUACUUUUGACAGAUGGUUACUGCAAAUUAGUAAAGGAACAGGAGUAUCAGAAGAUGAAAGCUUUAUAGAAAUUCUUGAAGAUUUGAAACUUUCUCAACACAGAAAUCCAAAAGAAAGAAUUGUGAAUGCUGUUUUCUCAAAUCUAUCUGCUAAGAUAGGCAAUGUUGAUUAUAUCAGAGAUAGGGCAAUAUUGACAGCCAGAAAUGAUACAACACAAAAAUUGAACGACUACAUUAUUCAAAAAUUGAAAUUAGAAUCAAAGACUUAUUGUAGUUCAGACAACACUUGUAAAGCAGCAAAGACUUCAAAUGAUGAUGAUGAUAUUCUAUAUCCCACAGAGUUCCUUAACUCUUUGAUGUGCUCUAAUAUGCCAAAACAUGAAUUGCAAUCAAAAAUUGGAAUUCCAAUUAUGUUGCUACGAAAUCUAAAUCAAUUAGAUGGUCUUUACAAUUGGACGAGAUUGAUUGUGACUAAUCUAGGGAAGUGGUGCAUACAAGCAACAAUUAGUACAGGAUCAAAUAUUGGUGAUAAUGUUGUGAUUCCUAGAAUAACAAUGUCCAAUACAAAUAUGAAAUGA